CGCACGAACUUCAUAAUCGACUCGUUCUACCUCUCGAGGGCUGGACUCCUGUCAUAUGAGACACCGUUAGCUCUGUCUGAGUAUCUCAAGAGAGAGAAACAUUUGACGCCAUGGAGUGUUGCCAUCAGUAUGUUUGCGCCCAUCAGGAGAUACUUGUCGUCAACUGAACACAAACUCAAUUUGGAUAAGUUUUUGAGUGGUUUGGCUGAACCCAUAUAUACAGAGUUGGGUUGGGAUGAGACCACUGAAGAAACAGAUGUGACAAAGAGAUUGCGAUCAAAUGUCGUUGAUUUUUACUGCUCUAAUAAUAACGACGAGUGUAUUAAAGGCAUUCAACAGAAGUAUUACGCCUGGAGAGCGGAUCCUAAGGGUGCAAAAAUUAGGCCAAACAUUAUGACAACUGUCCUCAAGUACUCCAUCAGAUUGAUUGGUGGGACCAAUGAUUGGAAUUAUUUAUGGGAUGUUUAUAUGGCAGAGACGUCAACUGUACUCAAACUCACAUAUCUGAACGCACUUUCAUUUGCAUCUGAUAAAGAUCUCAUUAACAAGCUUAUAGAGUUGUCAUUAGAUGAGACAAAAGUGCGAAAACAAGAUUUUCUGUCUGUUUUCAAUAAUAUUAUCGCAAAUCCGGAUGGUUUGCAAGUGAUGUGGGAUUACUAUCGCGACAAUUAUGAGACACUACUAAACAAACACUUAAGUUCCGGUCAAAUGGGAACUGUUGUCAACAAUAUCUGUAACUAUUUUAAUGAUGAAUCCCGAAGAAAAGAGGUGAAAGACUUCUUCGAUAAGUACCCGGAGGUCGGCGUCACUCAGAAUGAGAGGAAGAGGGCGUUGGAGACGAUUGACUCAAAUAUUAUUUGGAUUAACGCUAAUAAGAAGUUUAUUGGCGAUUGGCUCACAGCUAAGACGGUUGGCUACUAUUUACUAUAUUAA